GACAGAGGUCACUUGAACUCAGACCACAGGUCCCUGUUAAAUACAUCAGCUUUUAAAUCAAUCUUUGUUCAAAGUCCAGUGAGUUCCAAGACUAGAGCUCACCAGCAGAGAGAGAAUUCCCCGGUGAACGGACCAGCUUUUCUUCUUUCCACAUUCAGAAAUGGCUUCCGCCUUCCAUCCGCGAGAAUGUGAACUGUCUAAACAAGAAGGACAAAGCUAUGGCUUCUUCUUGCGAAUCGAGAAGGACACUGACGGCCACCUGGUCCGGGUGGUUGAGAAGGGGAGCCCGGCAGAGAAGGCGGGCCUCCAGGAUGGAGACCGAGUUCUCAGGAUCAAUGGUGUCUUUGUGGACAAGGAAGAGCAUAUGCAGGUUGUAGAUCUAGUCAGGAAGAGUGGGAAUUCAGUGACUCUGCUAGUCCUGGAUGGGAAUUCCUAUGAGAAAGCAAUGAAAAAACAGGUAGACUUGAAAGAGUUGAGUCAAAGUCAGAAGGAGCCGAGUUUGAAUGAUAAGAAACUGCCCUCUGUGGUGAACCAAGGAGCACAGACUUGGACCCAGCCACGGCUCUGCUACCUGGUGAAGGAGGGGAACAGCUACGGCUUCUCUCUGAAAACUGUCCAAGGUAAAAAGGGAGUGUAUAUGACUGAUAUAACGCCUCAAGGUGUGGCUAUGAAAGCUGGUGUCCUGGCUGGGGAUCACUUGAUUGAAGUGAACGGAGAGAAUGUUGAAGAUGCCAGCCACGAGGAAGUGGUGGCAAAGGUGAAGAACUCUGGAAGCCGUGUCAUGUUCCUGCUGGUGGACAAGGAGACUGACAAGCUCCAUGCUGAGCAGAAGAUAAAAUUCAAGAGAGAGACAGCCAGUUUGAAAUUGCUACCCCACCAGCCCCGGGUUGUGGAGAUGAAGAAGGGAAGCAAUGGCUAUGGUUUCUAUCUAAGGGCAGGCCCAGAACAGAAGGGUCAAGUCAUCAAGGACAUAGAUUCCGGAAGUCCGGCAGAGGAAGCUGGCUUGAAGAACAAUGACCUGUUAGUCGCUGUCAACGGCCAAUCUGUGGAAUCCCUGGAUCAUGACAGUGUGGUGGAAAUGAUUAGAAAGGGAGGAGAUCAGACUUCGCUGCUGGUGGUAGACAAAGAGACGGACAACAUGUAUAGACUGGCUCAUUUUUCUCCAUUUCUCUACUAUCAAAGUCAAGAACUGCCCAAUGGUUCCAUCAAGGAGGCUCCAGCUCCGAUGCCGGCUCCCACUCCUCCAGAAGUGUCAAGUCCAGAUACUACAGAGGAAGCAAGAGAUCAUAAGCCUAAACUUUGCUGGCUGGUUAAAGGGGAAAAUGGCUGUGGCUUUCACUUAAAUGCCAUUCAGGGUCAGCCAGGCUCCUUCAUCAAAGAGGUACAGAAGGGCGGCCCCGCUGAGCUGGCAGGGCUGGAGGAUGAAGAUAUCAUCAUCGAAGUGAAUGGAGUGAACGUGGUGGAUGAACCCUAUGAGAAAGUGGUAGAAAGAAUCCAGAGCAGUGGGAAGAAUGUCACAUUCUUAGUCUGUGGAAAGAAGGCCUAUGAAUAUUUCCAGGCUAAGAAAAUCCCUAUUGUUUCCUCCAUGGCUGAUCCACUGGAUGCCCCCACUGAUUCCAAAGAAGAAACACCGGCAGAACCAGAGCAUGAUUCACACAUGGCAAAAGAACGAGCGUACAGUACAGCCUCACAUUCUUCUUCCAAUUCUGAAGAUACCGAGAUGUGAUGAGAGCAAAUAAAGGCUUUGGCCGACAGCUGUUUCUGGGUAUUUAGUAGGAAUCCUUUCCCGAAGAAUGAGCUGCCACCCAUUUACUGUUUCUGUUAGAGAGAAACUCCUCUGGGAACCGGUUCAUCAUGUGGGACUGUCUUCUGUUGUCAUUUGUCUUGGGGGUGACUACUGCAAUAGAUGGCUUAUUUAUGGUCAACUUAAGGCGGGGACCAGAUUCUUUUCAUGUGAUCUCUUUCAAGCUUUCAGCUUCACUACAUUUCUCUGUAUGACAAUUAUCUCUUAAUUUUAUAGGCUCCCUGACCACUAACGAUGAUUCAUAAAUCUGUAUAUGUGAGAGCUGCUACAAAGUUCUGAGCAGAUAAGCCUAUUAAGACUAUGCUUUUGUAAGAAUGCUGUGGUUGCUAAAAUAGAUAUGCCAUUAAGAAUGCCUUUAGAGGGCGCCUGGGUGGCUCAGUGGGUUAAGCCGCUGCCUUCGGCUCAGGUCAUGAUCUCGGGGUCCUGGGAUC